UCCUUGCACCAGUAAAGGCUGUGUUUUUGAUAAGGAUAAAUAAUUAGGACGUGAUGCUGCGGACUGUCACAGAGCAGAUGCUAAGCGACGGGCACUAGGACCCAGAGGUUCCCUCGUCCAUGCAGCAGCAGCAGCAGUCGGCCGCUGCUCACAGAGAAGGACCAGAAAUCUGCAGCUCAUAGAAUGAAGAGAUCAAAAUGAUGCUGCCUGUAAAAAGGGAUUAAACUCUGGGCGCCACCUCGCUGCUGUCGGCCGCUUGGUGGAUCACACGGAUUUGCCAGCGGGAGUUGAGAACGUAGACAUGCCGUCGCUGAGCAUCCACUGACCGACCAUGAUGAAGACCGAAUCCACAUCCAAGAGCACCGGCUCCGGCUCCACGCUCAGGAGCCCAUCCCCGCACAGAAACGCAUACGAGGCGGGGAUGCAGGCCCUGAAGCCCGUCAAAGACAAUGCUGCCAACGGAGAUUUGCAGGACGGGCCCCGGGGGCGCAGGUAUGGCUCCAACGUGCACCGUAUCAAAAACAUGUUCCAACAGAUGCAGACCACAUCCCCGGCGGAUGCAGAGGGAGAGGAGGGAGCCAAGAGCGCAGACAAGGCAGUGCGUCUGUCCCUCCCCAGAGCCGGGAGUCUGAACGAGAACGUGGACCACAGCGCGCUGCUGAAGCUCGGCUCCACCGUGUCCGAGCGCGUCAGCAAGUUCGACACCAAACCUGAAAAUGGGAACCAGCGGGCCUCGUCGCCAAGCUACUCCAAGCUGCAGGAGACCCGUCGCAUCUUUGAGCAGCAGCAGCUGGAGAAGCAAGAGAGGCAGGAGAAGGAGGAGAUGCAGGAGAAGGAGGAGAGGCAGGAGAUGCAGGAGAUGCUGGAGAUGCAGGAGGAGGAGAGGCAUGAGAUGCAGGAGGAGGAGAGGCAGGAGAAGGAGGAGAAGUUAGAGAAGCUGGAGAAGCACGAGAAGCUGGCCACCACCAGAGUCCUGCUGAAGACAGACAAGGCCUCUGGCUUCCAGGAAGGCAGGUUGGACGUGUCUCGUUUCAAUGGCAGCACAGAGUCCCUGGACAGUCUGGACACCAGUGAGGCGGUGUCCCCCACAGUAAGCCAGCUCAGUGCUGUGUUUGAAAGGGCAGCCGAACUCCGGAACAACCUCCACCGCCUCUCCUCCACCCCGCCGCUUCCCUCAAGAGGGGUCAGCACCAAGGUAGGUGUGUUGAACUCCAAAAUAAUCACAAAGAGAGCUUGUGCCUUUGCAGCAGGCAACCAGGAGGACAACUCAAGCAAUCAGAGGGACCAAGAGGGGCCUCCAAGGGCCCCAAGGGGGAGGGUGACUCUCCCAUCUGAAAACAUUAAUGGGGGACAAAGUGGCCCAACUACUGAAUUUUCCAGUGGUGUUGGAGAACAUACUAAAAAAACUGUUUCAGAUGCAGGUGUUGAGGCAAAACCUGAGAUUAAAAUUGAGGAACACCCUGGGGAAAAGGAGCCAACCAGAACAUCACUGCAAAGUGACAUCCACACCUCUAUGGAGAAUGGGGAAGCUGCUGCAGAGCAGCACAGCAAGAUGCUCGUGCAGGAUGGUGAGACGGCCAGAGAACCCGAGGACGACGACAACAGGACUCUCAGGGAGGAGCAGUCGGGCCGUGACUCUGUGGAUAUCAGUACCUACAGCGCAGUCGGUGAGGACUUUGGAGGAAGCCAGGUGGAUGAGGAGGAAGCGGAGGCUGACGACCACUAUGAGCCCGAGUCCAGCUGUGUGGAGAUCACUGGGCUGCCUGAGGAGGAGAGUCCACCCACCUCCAGGAAGAUUUGCUUCAGCAUAGAGCCAAUCAAGGUGUUUGCCACCUACUCCAAUGAGGAUUACGACCGGCGCAAUGAAGACGUGGAUCCCAUGGCAGCAUCUGCAGAGUACGAGCUGGAAAAGAGGGUGGAGAGGCUGGACCUGUUCCCCGUGGAGCUGGAGAAAGAUAGCGAUGGCCUGGGCAUCAGUAUCAUUGGGAUGGGUGCCGGAGCAGACAUGGGUCUGGAGAAGCUUGGGAUCUUUGUCAAGACAGUCACAGACGGAGGAGCAGCUCAAAGGGACGGCAGGAUCCUGGUGAACGAUCUGAUCGUGGAGGUGGACGGGACCAGUUUGGUGGGAGUCACUCAGACCUUUGCCGCCACUGUACUCAGGAACACUUCAGGAACUGUCAAGUUUGUGAUCGGGCGAGAGAAACCAGGUGAACAGAGUGAAGUGGCCCAGCUCAUCCAGCAGACGCUGGAGCAGGAACGCUGGCAGAGGGAGAUGAUGGAGCAGCGCUACAACCAGUACAUGGAUGAACAAGAGGGUGCUGAAUAUGGCACGGAUGAAGAAGAGGACGAGGAUGAGGAGGUCAGUCCGUCGUAUCCCAGUGCCAUUGAGGUGUUCGACUUGGCGGAGAAUGAGGACAUGUCACCUUUGGAGACUGACCCUGAGAAACUGGCCCAUAAAUACAAAGAGCUUCAAAUAAAGCAUGCUGUGACCCAGGCUGAGAUCCAACAGCUAAAAAGAAAGCUGCACCACGCUGAGCAGGACAAGCAGCGCUGGCGUAUGGAUAAGGCUCAGCUGGAGCAUACCCUGCAGGAGAACAAGGAGCGUAUGGAGAAGCUGGAGGGCUACUGGAUGGAGGCUCAGAGCUUGUGCCAGGCGGUGGACGAGCACCUGAAGGAGACACAGUCCCAGUAUCAAGCACUGGAGCGCAAGUACAGCAAAGCCAAACGCCUGAUCAAGGAGUAUCAGCAGAAGGAGAUCGAGUACCUGAAGAAGGAGACGCAGCGUUGUGCACAAGUCGGGGCCGAGGCCUCCCUUCUGGAGGAGGAGUCUGGACAGCUCCAAGAACAGGUACAGGAGGUGGCUGACCUGGAGUGCAGGGUCGAGGAGCUGAAAUCGGAACCUUUAUAAGAACCCUUUCUCCAUCACGUGUCUCUGAAAGCAGAGCCUCACCAGAUGGAAGAGAUGAUAGUGUUGUUGUACUUGCGAUGAACUGCAGGGUAUUUCUCGUCUCCAACCUGAGCUUGGUCUCUGGUCACGUACUGUAUGUGUGUCCCCCAGGCUUUGUAUUUCAACCACCUAACCCCCCCUUCAGACAACGUUUUUCUGUUGAACAUUUAUGGGAACAUGGAGAACAUUUUUUAUCAUCACAAAUUUAGACUGGAGCUCUAGAUGUACUGUUCCUUUUUUAUUUUUUAUUCUCAAAAUUCAGUAUUUAAUCCCUUAAUUUGUGGUUUUGUGCAAGACCAAGCUGUUACUUUUAAUUGCCAAAAAAAAUCUCCUCUUUCUUUUGCCUAGUUUUGUGACCUUUUACUUUGAGUGUGUACAGAUGUGAUACUGUGUGGUUUAACAAUCAAUUUGGUUUGUAAAAAUUUUUAUGAUGUGUAUAACAUUUAACAUAAUAUAAAAACAAAAUGAGAUUGA